UUUAUUUUUCAUUUUCAGUUACUUUUCAAAAGCGGUAAUGGUUGAUUUUUAUAACAGUGAAUAUCGGAACAGCAUGUAUAUUAUUUUCACCGUGCCCGUCCACCGACCAGUGACCAACAAUACCGCGACUCUAGAACACUGGCGAACCAGUCACGGACUGGAACCUAUCGCCCAUCUCUAAAGGCAACUAUUAAUUGAUUAAACGCAUUCGAAAACAUUUAAUUUGUGUGGUGAGCGUCGCAGCGCGCAGUUAGUGCAAUUCGGGAGUGCGUACAUCGUAAUCCAAGGAACCUCGGUGUCGUAACAACUGUCCCGUAACCUUGUCCCUAGUCCGCGGUCCGUAAUCGGCCUGAAAGAACAAAAUGAGCAAAAACAGUGCAGUGCGGUGAAGGAAAACUGCGAUUCAUCCUAAGCCCCAAUUCCCGAGUCCAGUCGUAGGUGUAGAGCAGUAAAGGAAUACCCAAAAUAUCCAAAGAAAAUAAGAACAAAAAAUAGAAAAUGUUUAACCGCCAGGCAAGCGGGGCCAGUGGUCAAGGAUCGGGAUCCGGUGCUUGCUCGGGACCCCAGCCAUCUGUGGCUCCGCCGCCGACCACAUCCGUACCCGCAUCUGCAUCUGCAUCCCUGGCAGCAGCGCCUUCGCCCAACCAGUCACCUGAUCUCUACCUGCGUCCGCUACCCUUCCUGGACGCCAAAUGGCUGCGCGCUGAUCUCAUUGCCUCCCUGCGCAACGCCGCCGAGGGCGCGGUCCUAUGGAACCAUCUGAUCCAGGACUGUGAGUUGGUCUCCUCGCCCGCCGCCCCGCUCCGCAAUGCCCGCGGCCAGCUGUCCUAUCUUGGCGACGACGGCAAGCACUAUUGCGGCGCCCAGCAGCUCAAGUGCUCCUGCUGCCAGCCGGACUACUGUGGGCCGCUCUCCGCCUGCAAUUGCGACGGCUGCCGGCCGCUGGACUCAGACACUGCUAUUAAGAAGCUAACAACGCAAGCGGCAGCCCAGCAGGCCGCCCAUCUCAGCCAGGCCACCGACAUGGUGCUCAGCGGCUGGCUCUGGAGCCAACCGCCCUCGCAUCAGGCGCGUCAGGAAUGCCAGCGUUCCCUGAUCUCGGAGCUGCAUGAGUUGGCUUUGCGAGCCGCUGGCAACUGUCUUUCCGCCCAGCAUCUCCGCCAGCAGCUCUUCGUCUACGAGCGCUAUUUUGUGGCCCUAAAAAGAGACCGAGAGCGGGAGCGACUGCUCUCGACCAGUGCACAGGCCGCGGCCACAAUUAGCACCACCAUCAGCACAAACGUAACCACCACCACCACCACCACUACCACCGUCAUGGCAAACACCACUAACGCCACGAAUUUACCAUCAGUGGAGCUUCAGCCGACUGAACCACCGGAACAUGGAGCCCUGGGGUUGGCUCGCGUGGCCACACGGGCCGCCCUUAACUUCAGCUUUGCCUUUCUACGCCGCGCCUGGCGCUCCGGCGAGGACACGGAGAUGUGCAGCGAGCUGCUAAGCGAGGCGCUUGCAUCGUUGCAAGAGCUGCCAGAGGCCACACUCUUCGAGGCGGCCGCCGUCUCGCCGCUCUGGAUGGAGGUCAUGGAGCGCUCUAUCAAGUUCCUGCGCCUGGUGGCGCUCGGUGAUCCGAUGGGUGGUCGCUGCACUGCCCCACUAAACGAUCGACAUACGGCACUCUGUCUGUUGCUAGAACUGGGAGUGCAGAAGGGCACGCUGGCCGCCACGCUCGAGUGCGUGGUGCUGCUGCUGCUGCUCUGGGAGAAGGAUCGAGCUGGCAACGACAACCGGGAUAUGCCGCGCAAGACGGGAGCUCCGUUGCUGCGAAUCCUUUUGCGCUACCAGAAGAUCGGAGCGGCGGCCAAGGGUGGCGGCCUGGCCGGCGGCGAGCCAACAUCAGUGGCCAGCGCUACGGAAACCUUUUUGCGCUUCCUUUCCCUACCGAAGAGCACAGCAGCCAUCGUGGAUCUGCGUCGUGCCGCCGUUGUCAUUAUCUCGCAUCUGGAUCGCUUGGUGCAGCCACUAAUGCCCCGUUGCCUGCUCCGCGGCCAUGCGCCAGCCGCCUCAACCACGUCUGCGCCUCAGCAACGGAUCUACGCCCUGGGGUGGCCCUCGCUCUCAAAGGAUCAGCAGGGAUUCAGUGCCGAUCCGUCUCUCAGCUGGAGGGGAGAGUCCACAGCGGUACCGAUGCUCAGCUGCCGCUUCCAGAUUAAGCAAGUGGCCUGCUGCGAGACCCAGAUGCUGAUUCUGAGCCAGGAGGGAAAGCUGCACACUUGGCGCCUGACCAAGCCAGAGUCCGAGCCGCUGCCCAUGGAGGAGGUUGCCCACGAGACGUUCAUCAGCAUUGCCGGCCACUGCGAGGGACGUCACUUCCUGGCCAUCGACAGCAAUCACAAUGCCUACUCCUGGGGCACUGGUGAAGAUCAUCGUUUGGGCCAUGGCGACACGCAUGCCCGAGCCGUGCCCACCAAGAUCGUUGCUUUAGAACAGCACUGCGUUCAGUCGGUGUUCUGCGGCUGCUCCUAUAGCGCGGCCAUAACCUGCGGCGGCAAUCUUCUCACCUGGGGUCGCGGCACCUACGCGCGUUUGGGCCACGGAAACAGCGACGACCGCUGCCUGCCUACUCUGGUGGUGGCCCUGGCCGAUCACAUGGUAGUUGAUGUAGCCCUAGGCAGCGGAGAUGCCCAUUCGUUGGCUCUUACCUCCGAGGGAUUGGUGUUCGCCUGGGGUGAUGGAGACUAUGGAAAACUAGGCAACGGUAACUGCAACGGCAGUCUGCAGCCGAUAUUGGUUGAGGCUCUGCCACGAGUGCAGCGCGUUUUUGCGGGCUCCCAGUUCUCGGUGGCGUUAAGCAGCGAGGGUCAGCUCUUCACGUGGGGCAAAGCCACCUGUCUGGGUCAUCAGUUGGUUGAGCGCAGCGUCCAAGGCUGCAGUGUGCCGCGCCUUGUGACCACUUUGCAGCACAAACGCAUUGUGGACGUAGCUGUGGGUGUGGCCCAUUGCCUGGCCCUAUCCAGCAGUGGCGAGGUCUUCGGCUGGGGCCGCAACGACAGCCAACAGAUUUGUCCCGCCUCCGUUUCCAGUGAACCCUUGCUUCGAACUCCUAUUCUCGUGGCCUUGCCUACGCUGCCUGCCAGCGGCAUUGCUUGCACCGCCGGCCAGAGUCUGGUGUGGACACAGAGCUCCCACCAGGGUGUGCCCUUGCGCGCCCCCUUCGUUAUAGACCUUGGUGAGCCCACGUUCAGGCUGCUCGAUCAGCUGCUGGGAAUGUGCAGCAGUCAAGAUAACCGGCAGACGCCGAACCAGGAGAGCGAGUGCAUUGCCGUGGCCUGCCUGAAUAUGGUGCGUCUGCAGCUGCUAGCCCUCAUCGCCAACGGUGUAGAGCCGCGCCAGGUGGGUCUGGCUAGUGGCAGCCGCCUGCUAAGCAGCCUGAAGACGCGGGUCCUCGGACUGGCUGGUGGUAGCCAGGUUCUCCGCACUAUACAAGUGGCUGCCCAACAGGCAUUGCAGGACGGAUGGAGUGUCCUUUUGCCCACGGCAGCGGAGCGUGCCCAGACUCUGACCUCGUUGCUGCCCUCGGAACCGGGUCAGGCGUCUUCUGCUGGCCACCGAUUCAUGACAGAUCUGCUGGUUAGCUCCCUGAUGGCCGAGGGUGGCCUGGAGUCGGCCCUCCAGCAUGCUAUACGCCUGGAGAGCAGCUCGUGUUCGGCGGACUGCGGAGACGGUGUCCACCUGCCGCUAUUGCAGUUGAUAACGCGGCUGCUGGGCAAUAAUGCGGCGCUCACCCAGACCAGGCUAUCACCCACGUUGGGUAAGCAUGAGCUGCUGAAAGAGGAGGAGGAGCGCGAACACCAACAUCAUCACCAUAAAGAGCCGAGUACCAGUCCAAGUUUGAGUCUGCUGCAUCGCUUUCAGCGCCUUCUGCUGGCCCACAUACACCAGGCGGAGCCCGAGGAGGAGACGACCGGGGCCGAGGCAUUGUUGCUACAAUAUCUGCACGCCCUCAUCCCGGCCUGCGUCACCACACUGCAGCAGGCCCACGAGCUGGCGCUGCAGUGCCGAGAUCCCGGUGAGCAUCCUCUGUGCCAGCAGGUGGGCCACCUGGGCCGCAUCCUCCAAGCAGACAUUUCAGACGCCCUGCUGCACGAGCUGCUGGUUGGCCUGGUGCUUCUUAAGCGUGACCGUCCCCAGUGCCUGGGUAACUUGAGGUGGGCCCGCCUUUUCCUGCCCCUCCUGCGCGUUCUGGACCGUUUGAAUCGGGCGCUAGGUGAAGGAGAGCUUCGAGACGGCGAUGACAUGGGCUGGCCUGGCAUUAUCUGUCGAGGAGGCCCCAAGGGUGGCUGCCCUCCGCCCGCCGAUCCGGACACCCACUAUGUUCGUCGGGCAGAUAUGGAGAACCAGCUGCUCGACGGCAGUCGCUGCAUCAUUCUCGCCGGCUACGUCUGCGACCUGAAUGGAUACAGCUGCGAAUCGGACACCUUGCGAAGCAUUCUGGAUACAGGCUUGGCCAAAGAUCUUACGACGGAGCUGGGCCAGUCCCACAGGAGUGCCAUGGAGCACAUAUUGCAGCAUCACAAGUUGGGCAAGUACAUGGCCCAGGCGAGCACCGAAGAGAAGUCAUCGACAUCGGGACCCAGCCGCCUUACCCACUUCAGCUCGGAGUGCGUCUUGGCCCAGCUGCUUGGGCUGGUGGCCAACCUGAUGUGCAGCGGACCAGCCCUGCAGCCGGCGGAGCUGCAGUGCCGCCAACUGGACAAGUCAAGCCUGCUGAGCGGUGGCCUGCAGCUGCUGCAGCCCAACAAUCCCUUUGAUGAGGAGAAGGGCGAGGCGCGGAGCAGUCACAGUUGUCAUAGCACGGCAGGCAACACUCCCACGGAGCAACCGCCACUGCCACUGCCGAUGCAGCAGCAUCAGCAGCCGACGCCGGGCCGAGGCAAGUCCCAGCUGCAGCAACGGGCGGACGCCUUCAUCGGCGGCUUGGCAGAGGCACGGCUUUCGGAGCCACUGGUGGCCGCCUGGCUGGGGCUUACCGAGCGCUACUGCAAGGCGCACAAUCUGAUGUGGCACCAGGAGUUCGCCACUGAACAUCCCGUCCAGGAACUUGAGCGCCUGCUGAGCGCCGUGCUCAUCCGGCACCAGUAUCUUGGUGGCCUCGUGCUCAGCGCCCUGGAGACGGAGGGAGAGUCACCGCCACCGAAGCAACUGGGCGAGAUCAUCCGGCUGGUGCACCAGGCAAAGUGGUCGGUGGUGCGUACGCGGCAGCAGCUCAACCGCAGCUACAAGGAGGUCUGUGCCCCAAUCCUGGAACGGCUGCGUUUUCUGCUGUACGAGGUACGUCCUGCGAUCAGUCCGCAGCAGCGGGGACUGCGCCGCCUGCCCAUUCUGCAGCGGCUACCACGCUUCCGACUGCUGGUGCGACGACUUCUUCAGGAGCUUCGCUCCGCGCGACAGCCGGCCAAGCCAGAGGAUCUGCUUAACGCUACCAUCCAGCAGCAGCAUCAGGAGCAGGAGAAGAAGCCACAAGCCAUGCCCAAGCAAGAGCAGGAGGAGCAAGAGGAGGAGGAGACGCUGCUGCGGCGGCUGAACGAGCGACAGAUCCACGGCGAAGGCGAGCUGGACCCAGCGCUUAUGCAAGACAUCGUGGAUUUUGCCCUGCAGGAUAGCUGCGACGUGGAGACUGCCCGCCGGGCCAUGUAUUGCCAGAUGCAGCGCUUCCAGCUACGGCUGGCCGGUCUUCAGCUCGUCCAGCAGCUGCUCGAGCUGCACGGCCUCCUGGAUGCGGCGCAGUAUAGUCUCCUGAACGGCUUUCUUGGAUUGCAUCUGAAGUCCACGUCUUCGUCGUCCAACGGAGGAUCAUCACCGGGGAGCUCCCUGCAUGUUCUGGGCCAGCUGAACAUGGUGAGUGCCUAUCAGAAGGCCAGGCUGCUCCUGGCCCAGGCACGCGUCCUUGAUUGGGCGGUGCGGGAGCUGCGUCGUUUGGUCAACCAAGAGCAGCACGGGCAUGCCCGCGGUAAGGACAGCACCAACUUGGGCACUUAUGUCCUGCUGAAGCGCCUGCCACGCGCCCGUUUCCUGUUAAGCGUGUUUGGACUACUUGCCAAGGAGUUGGGCCCCAACGAGCUGGGCCUGCUCAUUAACUCUGGCUUGCUGGGCACGGUACUCGGUCUGCUGGCGCAGACGGGCGGCGAAGGCCUCGGCGGUGGCCAGGUGCACGGCGAAUUGAGUGUGCUCUACGAGGACAGCGUGCUGAAGCAGAAGUCCAGCAAGGCCCAGCUGAGUGGUCCGGACCUGGCCAAGCUGAUGAAGAUCGGUACCCGGAUUGUGAGGGGCGCGGAUUGGAAGUGGGGUGAUCAGGAUGGCAAUCCGCCUGGUGAGGGACGCAUCAUCAGCGAAGUGGGCGAAGACGGCUGGGUGCGCGUGGAGUGGUACACUGGUGCCACCAACUCUUACCGCAUGGGCAAGGAGGGUCAGUAUGACCUGCAGCUGGCCGACAGUGCCAUGAACGUGGCUUCGCCCACGGAACCGGAACGGGAGGAGCAUCUAGCGGGAGGUGAGGCUUCGCCAAGCAGCGACUCGCAUCCCUCCAAGCUGCUGCGCCACUGUGCCGCCAAGCUGCUGCAGAUACUGGCCGUGGGCAGCGGUCUGCACGGCGCUCAGCUAGACAAGCAUGCGCUGCGUGGAAUGACGAGCAUGUUCCGAGCCAUUAUCGAUCCCAAGCCAGACAUGUCCAACGUUUCUCACUCCCUGGGCUGGCUGAACCUAGGCUUUAUUCGAGCCAUUGCCGGCGACUGUCCACGCCUCUGCCUCGAACUGAGCACCUCCGGUUGGCUAAGUCACUACCUAUCACUGCUGGAGGUGCCGGCGGGCAACGAGGCCGGUGUCUACCGACAGCUGCACUGCCUGCGCCUGCUGCAAUUUAUUCUUGCGCAGUGGGGCUCGGAGGAGGAGCCCAGGAUGCCUACACUAGUGCGCCAGCUCUUCGCCACCUUGGGACGCAUUGCCCUCCAUUGCCCUGGGGAUGCAAGCCUGCAGCCGACGAGCGAAGGUAAGGCGCGCGUCCUCCUCACCGCCUCCCACUCGGGCAGCGUGGCUGAGGAGCUGGUCGCGCUGCUCCGGCGCCUCCACACGCUGCCAGUCUGGAAUCCGGUAAUCAACUCAUUUCUUGCACAAAAGCUAUGCGUGGCCGCCGAGCUGUUGGCGGAACAAUUGCCGUCGCACUCCAUAUCGCUAGACAGCGAGCAGGUCUUCGUGCUUGGCGUCCUAGGCGCCAUGGGUGGCCACGAUUUGCGUCCGCGUGUGGGACUGCACUGCUUCCACGAGGGCAGUCAUAUGGUUAUUGCCAGCUUCACUCCCAAGGGUCGCUGUCUCCUGGCCCCCGGAGGCGUGGGCUCCGGCUCAGGAUUCGUGAAGGUGCCGCUAACGGCAAUCAUGCCGCAUCUGGACCACAGUGUGUUCAGCCUGAGUCGGCUGCCGAUGAACGAGAUGCUGCUGAAUGCCUGGACGGUGCUGCUUUACGGACCAGCAUCGGAGCUCCGCGAGCUGCCCGCCAGCGCAGAAGGCCGCCUGGAUCUGGCCCUGCUCCGUGCCCAGCAGCUGCAGAUAGCGGUGCUCCAGACGAAUGGUGUCCUGUAUCGACACCAGGCUGCCUUGCGCCGCAUUCUCAAGCAGCGGGCGCCUGGCAGCAUCUACACAUCGGCCGAGGAGUCGGACCCCGACAAAUGUAAUCCGGAGUCGCAGCAGGAGAUGGAGCAGGAGCAGGAACAAGAGCAGGAUCAGGAUCAUCAGCUAUCCACUGGCAGUGGCGGGAGCGCGCAGGAGACGCAGCUUCUGAUCCAGUGCAUCCUGCUAAGGGCCACGCAGGCCUCUCCCGUGAAGGCGUGCUACAGCUACACAGACCUGGCUACCGCUGCCCUCAACUGCAUCCAAUCGCUGGCUACACAGGCGCACCAGGAGUUAAGCGACGUUAUCGACGGUGUCGGCGGCAGUGCCUCGACGAAUGCCCAGGCUCUGGUACCGUCCCCGCAACCGACCAUGGUGCACGGCGUGCCGGUCUACAACGUGGCCAAGAGGGAGCAGAAGCCACUACUGCCUCCAGAUCAACAGCAGGCGGAGCAGAAGGCCACCAAGUGGCCAGCCGCGGCCACCGAUGCUCAGCUUAUCGGCCAGAUCAUGGAGAUGGGCUUCACGCGACGCACCGUUGAGCUGGCUCUUAAGCAGCUGUCGCUACAGGCGGAAAUCAUGCCCACGCCCGAGCAGAUCGUCCAAUGGAUUCUAGAGCACCCGGACGUGUGUGCUAACACCAUAGAGGAGGACUCACUGGCCUUGGCCCCGACUUCAACUGGGUCGUCCCACGACCCGGAAGCGGACUCAGACAACGAAUGUCCCAGCUCAAACUCGACAACUUCCUCCUCAUCCUCCUCCUCGUCCUCCGAUACGGUGGAGGGACAGCCAGUGGCAGCGACCGGACCUAGAGCUGUGGUAUCGGCACCGGUAAGAUUUGAGUCUCGCAAGGACUUCCAAACGGCGGAUUUAUACGCUUUGUACGUUCGCGGACUGGUGCGUCCCGGGAUGACGGUUCGCUGUUGCCGCGACUUCGAGGAGAUCAAGCAGGGCGACAUGGGCACUGUGCUCAUCGUAGACACCGAGGGCCUGCACGACCUCAACGUGCAGGUGGACUGGCGCAACCACGGCAGCACCUACUGGGUCUGCUUCGUUCACAUCGAACUGGUCGAGGCGGCGCAGACGCAGCACCAGCCCCGUCCACCGCCUAUCGUCGUGGGAGCCCGGGUACGGCUCUGCACCUCUUCCCUGCGCUUCGCCCUGCUCGGACAGAUGCGCCUAGCCAGGAACGAGGCAUCAUCAACGACGGGCUCUUCAUCGUCGUCCUCAACGUCGUCGUCGUCGUCUGUGGGUGUGGUGACCUCUAUACGAGGCAAACAACUCACCGUGGACUUCCCGGGCAUGCCCGCUUGGCAGGGCCACAUCAACGAGGUGGAGCUAGUAGCACCGCUGGUGACCAACUCAACCGCCGACGCGAUGUCUGCUCCCCUGGCCCCGGACGCCGGCAACCAGGCUGCGCCCAGCGAUCUCAUCGAGGACUGGUCGCGUUGCAUCCGCUCACUUACUGUUAGUUCCAACGAGGCGGCGGCCAAGCAUCUGCUGGACGGCAGCGGACAGCCCUGGCAGAGCUGCUCGAGCGGACCCUGUCGCCACUGGAUCCGACUCGAGCUCCACGACCGCAUCCUGGUGCACAGCUUGACCCUAAAGGUCAGUCCCGAGGACCACUCGCACAUGCCGUCGCUACUAGAGAUCCGUGUGGGUGAGUGCGUGGACAGCCUAAAGGAGUACACCUGGAUCCCGGUGCCGGCUGGAGCUAGCCAAGUAGUGCUUAUGCAACAGGUACCCACCUACUAUCCGUGGGUAGAGGUGGUGGUCAAGCAGUGCCAGAACAACGGUAUCCAGUGCAAAAUCCACGGCAUCCAGUUCAUCGGCCGCCGCCAGCAGCCCGAUCUGUAUCACAUCCUGGCAAACGCACAAUUCCUGGCCAGCGAGUAUAGCGCCAGCGUUGGACCUGGAGUCGCUGCAGCCGGAUUGGGAGCUGUGAGCACCUCUCAGCAUGGCGAGGCCAGUGCAGGACCGGAGCAGGAUCUACCCUGCACCGUCAUGGUGUGGGGCCUCAACGAUAAGGAACAGCUUGGCGGCCUAAAGGGCUCCAAAGUAAAGGUGCCUACAUUCUCACAGACCAUCAGCCGACUACGUCCGAUUCACAUUGCCGGCGGCUCCAAGAGCCUGUUCAUCGUGAGCCAGGACGGCAAGGUGUACGCAUGCGGCGAGGGAACCAACGGACGCCUAGGCCUCGGGGUCACCCACAAUGUGCCGCUGCCCCACCAGCUGCCCGUGCUGCACCAGUACGUGGUGAAGAAGGUGGCCGUCCACUCCGGCGGCAAGCACGCCCUCGCCCUUACCCUGGACGGCAAGGUGUUCUCGUGGGGCGAGGGCGAGGACGGCAAGUUGGGCCACGGAAAUCGGACGACGUUGGACAAGCCCCGGCUAGUGGAGGCGCUGCGCGCCAAGAAGAUCCGUGACGUGGCCUGCGGAUCAUCGCACUCGGCAGCCAUCAGCAGCCAGGGAGAACUCUAUACCUGGGGCCUGGGUGAGUACGGACGUCUGGGACACGGCGACAAUGCCACGCAGUUAAAGCCCAAACUGGUUGCCGCCCUCACGGGCCGCAGAGUCAUACAGGUAGCCUGCGGCAGUCGGGAUGCCCAGACCCUGGCCCUCACCGAGGAUGGAGCCGUCUUCUCCUGGGGUGACGGUGACUUCGGGAAGCUGGGACGCGGCGGCAGCGAUGGAUCGGACACACCACACGAGAUCGAACGGCUGUCGGGCAUCGGAGUAGUCCAGAUCGAGUGCGGUGCCCAGUUUAGCCUGGCCUUGACGCGGGCCGGCGAGGUGUGGACCUGGGGCAAGGGCGACUACUACCGCCUAGGCCACGGCGGGGACCAGCAUGUGCGCAAGCCGCAGCCCAUCGGCGGCCUGCGUGGCAGGCGCGUCAUCCACGUGGCCGUGGGCGCUCUGCAUUGUUUGGCCGUCACGGAUGCCGGCCAGGUGUACGCCUGGGGAGACAACGACCACGGCCAGCAGGGCAGCGGCAAUACCUUCGUCAACAAGAAGCCCGCUUUGGUCAUCGGCCUGGAUGCCGUUUUCGUGAACCGCGUGGCCUGCGGCAGCUCGCACUCCAUUGCCUGGGGUCUUCCCAAUGCUUCGCUGGACGAGGAGAAGCGCGGACCCGUGCCAUUCGGCAGUACACGCGAUCCGCUCGGCGGCAGUAGCCUGGGAAUUUACGAGGCGGAGACCGUGCAGCAGGCCUUGCUCAAGCCCGACCCGAAACCCAUUAAUUUGACCAGCCUGAGCGAGAGCCUGGCCCUGGAGACGCCGGCGGCCAGACAGGCAGCCCUGGGCCAUGUGCUGCGCGCCAUGAGCAUUCUGCAGGCCCGCCAGCUUAUCGUGGCAGCUCUCACCAGCCACAGCAAGGUUAACUAUAAGGAACGCAACGUGGCUAGUGGCAGCGGUGGCGGUGAGGAGGAGCAGCUGACAGGAGGAGGAGCGCCCAUGGGAGGAGUGCCCCUGCAAACGGCCGAGACUAUUGCCCAAGGAGGAGGAGAGGCUCCUGCAGACGCUUCGGAUGCAGCUCUUCAGGAACACAGCCCUGACGCGCCCUUGGAGGCGCUAACAGCAGGCGGAGCCGGUGGAGCCAACGCCAUAGCCGGAGGAGCUGCCACACUGCCGCCGCUCACUGCCGGGCCACUAAGCGCCUUUCAAAGCCUCACCGGGUCGCUGUCCAUGUCGGGUUCGCUGUCUAGCAGUGCCCUGCCCCAGCACAAGCAUUCCCGGAUGUCAGCCAGCGCCAUGUCUGUAAUGGCAGCCACCAUGACGCAGCAGGAAGAAAUGCUGGCUCAGAUUGGACAUUGUCAUGGACUGGAAGACUUCGGAGGCCUACUCGGCGAGCCGGAGGCCAAAAGUCUGGUGGAGCUGCUCAAGUUGGCGGUCUGCGGACGCUGUGGACCGCCGAGCACGGCUCAAACCAUUGCCGAGACCCUGAUCUCGCUGGGUGCCGGAGCGCCACCAGUGGCCGCCAUGCUGCUGGAGACCUGCAUUACGGAGCUGGAGGAUCUGUGCACGUCGCGUCACUGUCUCGGCAAGUUGCCCAAGCCGGUGAUGCAAGAAAGCAGCCACCCCUAUGUGGACAAUGUGAACGUGACCGGCGUGGUGCGCAUCCCCGGCGCAGAAAUGCUGCGCCUGGAGUUCGACAGCCAGUGCAGCACGGAGAAACGCAACGAUCCGCUGGUAAUCAUGGACGGUACCGGCCGUGUGCUGGCCAUGCGCUCGGGUCGAGAGUUCGCACACUGGGCUCCCGAGAUCCGCGUGCCGGGCGACGAGCUACGCUGGAAGUUCUCCUCGGACAGUUCAGUCAAUGGAUGGGGCUGGCGCUUCUGGGUGCACGCCAUCAUGCCGGCGGCUACGCUGAGCGAGAGCGGCUCGGACCGGGCGGUGCUCUCGCAGCCGUCUAUGUCGCUGGUCAUGUCCUUGCUGGAUUCGAGGCUGGCCCCCCGCCAGUCAGGUGUUCUGCUACGCCUGGCCUCCGCCCUGGCCGCGUGCUCCCAGUUGGGUGCGCUCACCACGGCUCAGAGGAUCUGGUCGCUGCGCAAGCUACAUGCCGUUCUGCUCUUGGAGCAGGCGCCCCGUCCACAGGAUCCCGCGCUUGCCACGCUUCUCCAGCCGCUGAUACCGGAGCUGCUUCGGCAGUACGAGUAUGAAGAGCCACAGGUACGAGGCGGAAUCCAUCUGAUGCACUCGGAUUACUUCAAGACACUGGCCGCGCUGGCCUGCGACAUGCAGCUGGACGCCUCGCUUCCGGCCGGCUCAACGAUGUCAUCUUCUGCGGCCGCCGUCAGUUCCUCCGCCUCCUCCACCAGCGACGUCCAUAAGUGGGCCUGGUUUAAGCGCUACUGCAUCGCCGUGCGGGUGGCCCAGUCCCUAAUUCGGCGCACCGAGUUGCCACGCGCCUUCUGCCUAGAGGUGCGUAAGAAGUUCGCCGAGAUGCUGCCCAACUCGAGCUCCCAUUGCAGUGCGAUGUCCAAUACCGGCGGCCAAUCCCCCGGCGCCUCCAUGCUAAACUCCACCACCUCGCUGUCGUCAAGCACGGCCAGCAAUGUGUCACCUCCACCGGGAACCGAGCGUAGCGAGCAUCUGGAUCUGCACUGCCCCAUCCAUCAGCUAGACUCCAGCAGCACCCUGCUGCACGAGGACCACUCACUUUUCCAGGCACCGCACGACGCCCAACUGCUGCAGUGGCUCAACCGGCGGCCCGACGACUGGGCCCUGAGCUGGGGCGGAGCCAGCACCAUCUACGGCUGGGGCCACAACCAUCGUGGACAGCUGGGCGGCCUCGAGGGAUCGAGAAUUAAGACACCCACGCCGUGUGAAGCACUCAGCCUGCUGCGCCCCGUCCAAUUGGCCGGCGGAGAGCAGUCUCUGUUCGCCGUCACACCCGAUGGCAAGCUCUUCGCCACCGGCUACGGAUCUGGCGGGAGACUGGGCGUCGGCGGCAGUGAUAGCUGGGCCAUACCUACGCUCCUGGGCUCCCUGCAGCACGUGUUCGUCAAGAAGGUGGCCGUAAACUCCGGUGGCAAGCACUGCCUGGCGCUGACCACCGAGGGCGAGGUGUAUGCCUGGGGCGAAGGCGAAGACGGCAAGCUGGGACAUGGCAACCGGAUGAGCUACGACCGACCGAAGCUGGUGGAACAUCUGAACGGGAUGAGCGUGGCGGACAUUGCCUGCGGCAGCGCCCACUCAGCGGCCAUAACAGCCAGCGGCCAUGUUCUGACCUGGGGCAAGGGCCGGUACGGGCGACUCGGACAUGGUGACUCCGAGGAUCAACUGCGCCCGAAGCUGGUGGAGGCCUUGCUCGGGUAUCGGGCAAUCGACAUUGCCUGCGGAUCCGGAGAUGCGCAGACGCUGUGCAUCACUGACGACGACAACGUGUGGAGCUGGGGCGACGGUGACUACGGCAAGCUGGGACGCGGCGGGAGCGACGGCUGCAAGCUGCCCUACAAAAUUGAGAGCCUGGCCGGUCUCGGAGUGGUCAAGGUGGAGUGCGGAUCACAGUUCUCCGUGGCCUUGACCAAGUCCGGAGCUGUGUACACCUGGGGCAAAGGUGACUUUCAUCGUCUGGGCCACGGAUCCGUAGACCAUGUGCGGCGGCCCAAGAAGGUGGCUGCACUGCAGGGAAAAAAGAUCAUCUCGAUUGCCACUGGAUCGCUGCACUGCGUCGCCUGUAGUGACUCAGGAGAGGUCUACACCUGGGGCGACAACGACGAGGGACAGCUGGGCGACGGCACUGUCACGGCAAUCCAACGUCCACGCCUCGUGGCCGCCCUCCAGGGCAAGCACAUCGUAAAGGUCACCUGCGGAUCGGCCCACACGCUGGCUCUGUCCACAUCCCAGCUGAGCGAGCGGCUGCGUCCGCUGCCCAAUCCCCCGCUGGAGUACGACCUGGUACGCGAUUUGGCCCCGGAGGCUCUCCAUGCCCGCCUCAUCCUGCUGCAUCACUUCUCGGAGCUGCUGUGCCCAUGCCUGGCCAUGCUACCCAUUGCCGGCGAUCUAAGUCUGGGUGCUCUCAAGGAUGUCCUCGUCUACAAUAUCAAGGAGGCGGCCUUCCGCAAAGUCAUCCAGACAACCAUGGUGCGGGACAAGCAGCACGGACCUGUCAUUGAGCUGAACCGCAUCCAGGUGAAGCGCUCGCGGAGCCGCUGCAAUGGCCUAGCCGGCGUAGACGGGAUGAAGAGCGUGUUCGGACAGAUGGUGCAGAAGUUGCCGCUGCUUACCCAGGAGGCGCUAGCCCUACCGCAUCGCGUCUGGAAGGUCAAGUUUGUCGGGGAAAGCGUGGAUGACUGUGGCGGCGGCUACAGCGAAUCCAUAGCCGAGAUGUGCGAUGAGUUGCAGAAUGGCAGCGUGCCGCUGUUGAUCAGCACGCCAAAUGGACGAGGUGAAGCCGGUGCUAAUCGUGACUGCUUCCUGCUGGACCCCACUUUGGGCUCGGUGCUGCAAAUGAACAUGUUCCGCUUUCUGGGCGUGCUCAUGGGCAUUGCGGUGCGCACUGGAUCACCGCUUAGCAUCAAUUUGGCGGAGCCCGUCUGGCGGCAGUUAACCGGCGAGGUCUUACGUCCCACGGACCUCACCGAGGUGGACCGCGACUAUGUUGCCGGGCUGCUGUGCAUCCGCAAUAUGGACGACGACCCGAAGUUGUUUAACACACUGGAACUGCCAUUCUCAACGUCUUCGGCCAGGGGUCACGAGGUGCCGCUAUCCACGCGCUAUACGCACAUCUCACCCAGAAACCGUUCAGAGUACGUUCGCCUGGCCCUCGGCUUUCGGCUGCACGAGUUCGACGAGCAGGUGAAGGCGGUGCGUGAUGGCAUGUCCAAGGUGAUACCAGUGCCUUUGCUCUCUCUGUUCUCCGCCGCAGAGUUGCAGGCAAUGGUCUGCGGCUCUCCGGACAUUCCACUGGGUCUGCUUAAAUCGGUGGCCACCUACAAGGGCUUCGAUCCGAGCUCGGCCCUGGUCACCUGGUUCUGGGAGGUGAUGGAGGAGUUUACCAAUCAGGAGCGCUCUCUAUUCCUGCGCUUCGUUUGGGGCCGCACCCGUCUGCCGCGCACCAUUGCCGACUUCCGGGGCCGGGACUUUGUGCUGCAGGUGCUGGAGAAAAAUCCGCCUGACCAUUUUUUGCCCGAGAGCUAUACGUGCUUCUUUCUGCUUAAGAUGCCGCGCUACUCGUGCAAGGCCGUGCUCCUAGAAAAGCUUAAGUAUGCCAUACAUUUUUGCAAGAGCAUCGACACGGACGAGUAUGCACGCGUGGCCAUGGGCGAACCCACCGAGGCAACCGGCAGCGAGGACAACAGCGACCUAGAGUCGGUGGCCAGCCAUGAGGGCUAGACUGCACAGUCAGUCAUGUCCAGAAUCCAACCAAACCAACCAACCAACCAACCAACCAACCAACCUAUCCGAUAUAGCUGAACCGAACAAAUGGGUUCCAUGCCGAACGUGGACCCUGUCAACCGGCGAAUCUCCCAGCAGUUUAUGAUCCUCACCCAAUCUAGGACCUAGAAUAGCAAAGCAUUCAAGUUAAACCCACACUUACACACAUAUACACGUAGAAACAUAUAUAUUUUAAACUAGCACACAUGACACUGAGCAGGACAGCGAUAUAGAGUUGAGUAGGGGGAGAAGAGAGCGAUAGAUACACACAUGUUGAUCGCGUAAUGAAACCAAAAAGCAAAGCGUUAAAGUUAUUUCCAUAAUAUAUUAUAUUAUAUAUACAUAUUACGCAUAAAUUUAAAGAUAAACAUAAGCAUAAAGAUAAAUAUAAAUGUUAGUUGAAGCCCACUUAUAACUGUAACCCCUAGACGCAAUCCACGCAAACCACACAAUCCAACAAGCCAUUCCCAUUCCAUCCAUCCCGCCUCCCAAAAAGCGAGACAAUUGAUAUUAAUAGUUCUAACUAAAACUCAAGGGCGCUGCUUAGCAAUCAAGUAAACCAGCCAGCCCUUGAGAACUCGUUGCUAAUGAUGAUCACAAUUCAAAACUUAGGCAAGGCGCCGCCAGAACUCUAUUUAAACUAAACUGAAGCUAAAUAAAAUGCAAAAUAUUAUG